AUGGCGAACGUAAUCCCCCUGAAGUCGAAGAAAUACAAAAAGAUGAAGAACGAGACAGAAGACUUCCUCGUAGCAUUCCUGUUUGACAUUGUCUUCUUUGCAAUCUGUGUGUGCAUAUGGUUAUAUUUAAGGAAAAGACGAGAUGAAAAUAAAAUAAGUGAUAAUAUAUAUAUACUGAACAACCAAACCCAGAGUGAAGUAAAGGCAGACAAGGAAUCGUCCAACGUGAAGGAGGAAGAAAGUAAUGAAAUGAGAAGGAAGGGAAAUCGUUUCAGAACAUUCUUAAACAUAAAGGAUGAAAAAAUUGUUAAUACAGAAAUAAAAUAUUAUUUAUUCUUUUUAAGGGCAAAUAGAAACAUUAUUUUUUCUCUGUGUAUUUUGGGAACCUUUCUCGUGUUACCACUUUAUCUGUCACUGCCAAGAAAUGACAUAAACAACCCAUCCUUUUUUCACUACAUAAGUGCUGGUAGUAUAUCAGACAUCAAUAUAUUAACUAUUUUGUUUUUCAUUACGAUAAUUUAUAGUGCCAUUUCGUACAGUUUUAUUUAUCUGCUUUGGAAGAAAAUUCGACCUAGUAAUAAAAAGACGAAAAAAUUUCUGCCGCAGAAUUUUACCAUCAUGGUUUCCAGAAUUGAUAAGAAGGAAAUAAAUGCAUAUAAGAUUUACAAAUAUUUUUGUAACUUGACAAAUAAUAAGGUGGUGUCUGCAUACCUCAUUUUGGAUUACUCCAUCGUGUACCAUGAGCAGAAAAAAAUUUUCAACGCAACGAAGAAUUUGAAAUUGCUAAAGGAGAAUGAGGAGAAGAAGAGUAUCAAGCGGGAGAGGUCCAAGCGCUUCCUGCUCGGCUUUCUGAACAGGAAGAAGGGCUCCAAGGUGGAUCCAAAGGCGGACCCGAAGACGGACGCCAAGGGGAAGAACAGUUCAGUGGACGCCCCCCUGGAAUUACUUGAUGGGGAGGAGCGGCUAAAUGGGGAGAAUGCCCAGACGGGGGAAAUCGCACCUACAGGUUCGCCUACAAAGGAGGGAGGCGCGCCCACGGAGGAUCCCAUCGAGGGGGUAGAUAACCCUAAAGGGAAAGUGCCCCUUGAAGGGGUAACCCCAUCCGAGGACCAAACAAACUGCCAAAAUAGGAACAAAACGGAUGAGUGCGAAGAAAUACAUGCAGAUGCAUCCAAUCCGGAUGAGCAGAAGAAAAAGAAGAAGAAUAAACCUUAUGGGUUGGCCGACCUGGGAAGCGAUAUAGAAGGAUCAAAGUGUAACGAGGAGGGAGAAGCAUACUAUGGACAAACGAUGGGGGAUACUGUGGCAGCCACCAAUCGGACAAAAGAAGGAUGCAAAAGGAGGAACAGGAGGUCAGAAUUGAGUGGAGAGGAAAAAACAAAUGACAAAGGGGAUGAACAGAGAGAAGACGGUAGACGAAGGAAAGGAAGUCGAGUGGAAAACCAAGCCAGUUUCUUAAAAGAUACCAGUGACGAAGAUGACGAUAUGCAAAGCAGCAAAAUGAAAAAAAAAAAAAAUUCAAACAAAAAUUACACAUACAAACUAGACAUUGAGGAUGAAAAUCUAAUGAGUAACAACAACGAAAUGUUGUUCUACGAUUUGGAGAAUUUAUCCACCAAGGAAAAUGACAACAUGGAUUUAAAUUACAAAAAAAAAAAAAAAAAUAGAUACAAGUCAGAGUCGAAAAGAAAUAUAUUUCAUAAAUUAUUCUUCUUUUUAAAAAAAAAUAAAAAAAGUCACUGGAAGAAGAAACUUAAAGAACAUUUGAUUAAAUUUUACUCCAUAAAAAAUGAAACUCCUAAAAAAUCCACGGGGGUUUGUUUCGUCUCAUUUAUCGAUACGAAGUCUGUGCAUGACUGCAUUCAUAACAUCCCCUUUACGGAAAGGAACAAAUGGAUCAUAUCAAAUGCCCCUCCGAAUUAUGAUAUCAUAUGGAAGAAUUUGAAAAAUCACAGUUACAAGGUUUGUGCUCGUUUUAUUAUACUUAACGCCCUGCUGUUGCUGGCCAACACGAUUAUCAUUUUGACCGUCACGUCUAUUGACAAUAUACUGAAGUUGAAGAUUAAGAAGUACCGCCAGGAGGACCCCAGCUCCGGCAACAUUAGCGCCAUUCUUAUAACGUGGCUCUCCCCUUUCAUCGUCAUUGUCGUUAACAGUAUCAUCCAGCCGGCCCUAAUCGCUUGCGUUUCGGUUGCCGUUGGGUUUAUAAGGAAGUCCAGCGAACAUACAUAUGUCUUGCAGGGGAACUUUAUCUUUUUAAUUCUGAACACAAUUAUUAUUCCCCUCUUGUCAUUGUCCCCGCUCAGUUCGCUCAUAAAGGUUAUGUACUCCGACGAAAUAGGUCAGUGGUCCACCCGCCUGGGGGCCUACCUGUUCAACUCCAGUGGGUUCUUCGCUAUGAGAUACUUGCUUCACUGUUGCUUCCUGACCUGUGCAAACCAGUUGCUUCAAAUUCCGCAGUUUUCAAUCCGAUCAAUCGUCAAAACGGUAACGAAGAAAGAAACCGGUGCAUGGAGUUUUGAUUUUGGUUACUGGUACGGAUUCAACACUACCAUUUUGGCCCUGAUAUUGACCUUCAGUGUCGCUGUGCCUUUCAUCCUCCCGCUCGGCUCGCUGUACUUCUUCCUCCGCUACUACAUAGACAAGUACAACCUGAUAUAUGAAGUGUGCCGAACCAAUUUGGACAGCCAUGGAGCUAUCAUAAGGACGGCCAUUAAGUUUAUGCUUUUUUCCGUGGCCUUUUUUCAACUCGUCAUGUUUACCUUCUUCUCUCGGGUACAAAACAAAUUCAUUUCCGUGGGGAGGAACAUCCUCUUUUUGUCUUCGUCCCUCACAACGCUACUGCUGCUGUGCCGAUCUACGGAAUGGGUGAGCACAAACCACAUAAAGAAGAAGAAAGGGAAGAGAACGUUUUGUUACCUUUGUGAGAAAAACGUCUACGUGAGUAAUUUGAAGGACCUGAAUAAGUUGAAGUACGCCUAUGCCAACCCGUACGAAGCGAAGCGGUGA